ACAGAUCAAAGGUGAGACGCGGUGCGGCUCCACACCGGGCCUGGCCAGGGGUACGGGUUCACAAUGAGGCUGCUGGUCUUCCUGGGCUUGCUGUGGGGCUCGGCCGCCACACCCCCGGGCCCACAGUGGCCUGAGCCGGUGUUUGGGCGCCUGGUGUCCCCUGGCUUCCCCGGGGAGUACGCCAACAACCAGGAGCGGCGCUGGACCCUGACCGCACCCCCUGGCUACCGUCUGCGCCUCUACUUCACCCACUUCCACCUGGAGCUCUCCUACCUCUGCGAGUAUGACUACGUCAAGCUGAGCUCAGGGACCCAGGUGCUGGCCACGCUGUGCGGGCAGGAGAGCACGGACACGGAGCGCGCCCCUGGCAAUGACACCUUCUACUCGCCGGCCUCCAGCCUAGACGUGACCUUCCGCUCCGACUACUCCAACGAGAGGCCGUUCACGGGCUUUGAGGCCUUCUAUGCAGCAGAGGACAUUGACGAGUGCCAGGUGGCCCCAGGACAGGCUGCUCCCUGCGACCACCACUGCCACAACCACCUGGGUGGCUUCUACUGCUCCUGCCGCUGGGGCUACGUCCUCCACGAGAACAAGCGCACCUGCUCAGCCCUGUGUUCAGGUCAGGUCUUCGCCGACAGGUCGGGGGUGCUCAGCAGCCCUGAAUACCCACAACCGUACCCCAAACUCUCAAGUUGCUCCUACGGCAUCCACCUGGAGGAAGGGUUCAGCAUCAUCCUGGACUUUGUGGGGUCCUUUGAUGUGGAGACGCACCCGGACACCCAGUGCCCCUACGAUUCCCUCAAGAUUCAAACAGACAAGAAGGAAUAUGGCCCAUUUUGUGGGACAGCGUUGCCCCCUAGGAUUGAAACUAAAAGCAAUGCCGUGACCAUCAUCUUUGUCACUGAUGAGUCGGGGGACCACACAGGCUGGAAGAUCCACUACACCAGCACAGCUCAGCCCUGCCCUGGUCCCGUGGCGCCACCUAAUGGCCACAUCGCGCCGGUGCAAGCCGAGUACAUCCUGAAGGACCGCUUCGCCGUCUUCUGCGAGACCGGCUACGAGCUUCUCCAAGGUGCUUUGCCCCUGAAAUCCUUUGCUGCGGUCUGUCAGAAAGAUGGAUCUUGGGACCAGCCGAUGCCCACGUGCAGCAUUGUUGACUGUGGCCCUCCUGAUGACCUGCCCACGGGCCGAGUGCAGUACAUCACAGGCCCCGAAGUGACCACGUACAGAGCCGUGAUUCAGUACCACUGUAACGAGGUCUUCUACACAAUGACCCCUAACGACGGUAAAUACGUGUGUGAGGCUGAUGGAUUCUGGACGAGCUCCAAAGGAGAAAAAUCACUCCCCGUCUGUGAGCCUGGUAAUGGAUACAUUUAUACAAGAGAUUCGUAAUUGAUGGAAAGUAGAACUGGGUGGGAGACAAUCAGCAGAGCUUUAGCUGUGGUCGGCUGAAUUGCAGCUUCAGCACUUGGCUCUUAAACCAAGUGGUUAUUUCCAAAUAAUACGUUCUCAUUAUCCCCCUUCUGGACGGACGGAGAGGUUGCUGGGUGCUGACUGCAUCAGUCACUUGGUUAUUUCUGAC